AAUCAUAUAAGACCACGAUCGCAAUGGCGGUGUGGCUGAUCAGUUUUGCAUUAUCUGGUGGUUGAGUGGAGGCUUGUAAAGCCAACGGGUCUAUCUUCUUGUUUAGUGAACUGUUUGUAUUAUCGUCUUUCAAUUUUGUAUUCAGUCAUGUACCAUUGCGGUUUGUUACUGGUCUUAUUGGAUCUGUCUUUAGACGUGGUUGGCAGUGUGUCUCAAGCAGAGAUUAACAGACAUUUGGAAUUAGGUAAAGAAUUUUUAGCGAGAGGUCAGUUACAAGAUGCACUGACACAUUACCAUGCAGCUGUUGAGGGUAGUCCGAACAAUUAUUUAACAUACUAUAAAAGAGGCAUAGUAUAUCUAGCAUUACGUAAAGCUAAGCUUGCGCUCCUCGAUCUUGACAAAGUUUUGGAGCUAAAGCCAGAUUUUACAUCUGCAAGGUUACAGCGAGGUAAUGUGCUACUUAAACAGGCUGAAUUCUCUAAAGCAGAAGCAGAUUUUCGAAGUGUGUUGAAAGUAGAACCGCAGAAUAAUGAAGCUCUAAAUGCCUUAUAUAAAAUUGCACCUGCACAAGAAGAUUUAGAAAUUGUAAAAAAGUUAAUAAGAGAUCAAGAUUAUACUGCAGCUGUGCGACAACUAACUAGACUUAUUGAACUAUGUCCUUGGGCAGUCGAACUUAGGGAACAUAGGGCAGAAUGCUAUGAAAUUCUUGAAGAUUAUACAAGUGCAAUUUCUGAUGUGCAUUCCACAACUAAGUUACAAUCCGAUAACACUAAUGGUUUCUUCAAAUUGGCAACUCUACGUUACCAUCUUGGACAAGUAGAUGAGUCAUUGAAGGACAUUCGAGAAUGUUUAAAGCUUGAUCCGGAGCACUCAAAGUGUUUCUCAUUUUAUAAAAAAAUUAAGAAGAUAGCUAAGUUAUUAGCAGAUGCAGAAAAGUUCGAAAAAGGAGGAAAGUACGACGACUGUAUAGGUUCUGGUCAAUCUGCAUUGAAACUUGAACCAAGCAUAGGCAAUGUUCGUUUUUUCGCCCAUCAACUUCUUUGCAAAUGUUAUACCAGCAGCUUGGAUACAGAUCAGGCAAUUACUAAUUGUCAAGAAGCGCUAAAAAUGCGAAAAGAACCUGACGUGUACUGUGACAGUGCAGAGGCGUAUCUCGCUGCUGAAAUGUUUGAUGAUUCGAUAAGAGAAUUUAAGGAAGCUUUAGAAAUUGACUCAAGCUCGCAAAGGGCGAAGCAAGGUCUUCACAAAGCACAACAGCGUCAAAAACUGUCGGAGUCACGAGAUUAUUACAAAAUCCUGGGGGUGCCAAGGACAGCUUCAAAACGAGACAUCAUUAAAGCGUACAGGAAGGCCGCGCAGAAGUGGCAUCCUGAUAACUUUCAAGAAGGAGAGGAAAAGAAACGGGCGGAGAAGAGGUUUAUUGACAUCGCAGCUGCCAAAGAAGUAUUAACAGACGAUGAGAAACGAGCAAAAUUCGACCAAGGAGAAGAUCCCUUGGACCCAGAGUCAGGGAAACACCAGCAUGGCUCGAACCCCUUCCAAGAAUUCCACCACUUCCAUGGUUCUCCCUUCCAAUUCAAAUUUCAUUUCUAUUAAUAGCUGUUGUUUUCCUAUUCGAUGGAAUUUGUCUAAGGAGAAGACCAUUUAAACUUUGAACCCAGAAUCAGUAAAAAAUCAGCAUGGUUCCAGUCCCUUCUAAUUAUCACUUCCAUGGUUUCACCAUGAACUACCUUCCAUUUUAAGUUCCGUUUCGAUUGUCAGCUGUUGUAUUUAUUUCCUAGUUUACUACUUUCGUACCGGUUGCGUUUAUCCUAACGGUGGUAGCUCGAAUAUAACGACAAAAUUAUGUUACCGUCGUUCGCUACACCUUAGCUAAAAUUUUAUUUUGCUAAUCUACCUCUUUGGUAGUCACGCGUGUUGCAACAACGUGGAAACGGAGGACUGUACAAGGGAAAAUGUCAAUCAUUCAGUAAAUUGACAAAUAAUUAAGUGAAAACGCAUUGAAACAAGUUUAGUUGUCCGAAAAAUCGCGACUAACAAAAUUUAAUCUGUACGUAAUACAAACAACGCCUACACGUAAUAGAAUACGUUAUUUAUUAAUGAUGCGUGAGCAAUACUGGAAUGCCAAUUCCAGGUAAGUUGGCUUACCGAACAUUACUGUGAAUGAACGUCGUAGAUGAUACAGACUGAUCAUGUAACUAGUUUGAAAUGAACAUUUUCUCACUCAAGAAAUUUCGUGCCAGCAACAUGUGAACCGGAUGCCGUGUUUGAACUCGCGUCUUGAUGAAACUCAAAGAUGUACUAUAGUGACACUGCCACAUCCGAGUGUUACGAUGGACUGUGGAUCAUUCAUUUUGAAUAGCUCGAUUUUCUGCGACGAUCGUGUUGAAUGAAUAUUACGAAAGUCAUUUUUGCAGUAAUACAGUCGUCGGGUACAAACACACUUGUUCCAAGUGUGAAUAGCAUAAUAGUUACUGCAUAAUACUAUGCACUGGCUGUAUAUGACAUUUAUAAAAAAAAAGUAUGUAGGACAGUGCUGUGAGCAUGUGUUGUGUUCGCAUGAGUGCAAGAGAAUUUUCUGUAAAUACUGUAAUCUCUGAUAUUUGUUUAAAUAUAUUUGAAUAAUUUAUACAAAGACACUCGUAUCAUUUGUAUAUAAAGUCUACGGGCAUUUUUAUACAAAAUACAGAAAAAUGCGUCGUGUACAAUAUUCGUUUCUUUAAUACCGGCUUUAUUGCAUCAAACGUACUUCUACAUAAGGAUUUGGUCUUUAAUGUUUUCUUGUCGAUAUUGAAUAAUAUGAGUAAUGAAUUUUUCAUUUGUAUUUAUUCACCUACUUGAUGAAACAACAGAAUUAUACUGAAAUAUAUUAUAAAUUGGUUAUAAA